GGUGCGCCUGCUUCCGCAUGGAGGGACCCCGACCGUCAUGUUAAGGUAAAGCAGAGAGGCUCAGUGCUGAACAUGCUAAGGAGGCUGGACAAAAUCAGGUUCAGAGGUCACAAGAGAGAUGACUUCCUCGAUCUAGCAGAGUCUCCGAAUGCCUCGGACACCGAAUGCGGAGAUGAAGCGCCCCUGAGGAUGCCUCGGACCUCGCCCCGGGACAGCGAGGAGCUGAGGGACCCUGCCGGUCCGGGGACCCUCAUCAUGGCCACUGGAGUCCAGGACUUUAAUCGGACAGAGUUUGAUCGAUUAAAUGAGAUCAAAGGUCACUUGGAAAUCGCCUUAUUGGAAAAGCACUUCCUCCAGGAGGAGCUCCGCAAGCUGAGGGAGGAAACCAACUCGGAGAUGCUUCGGCAGGAGCUGGACCGGGAGCGGCAGCGGCGGAUGGAGCUGGAGCAGAAGGUCCAGGAGGUGCUGAGGGCCAGGACCGAGGAGCAGACGGCUCCGCAGCCCCCGAAGGGGCAGGCCCAGGUCAAUAACGGAGCAGACCGGCGGAGCCAGGGGCUGUGCCCCCGGGUCCAGAAGUGGUUCUAUGAGAAGUUCGGGGAGUACGUGGAGGACUUCCGGUUCCAGCCCGAGGAGAGCACGGUGGAGACGGAGGAGCCCCUCAGCGCCCGGAGGUUGACGGAGAACAUGAGGCGACUCAAGCGGGGCGCCAAACCCGUCACCAGCUUCGUGAAGAACCUCUCUGCCUUAUCGGACUGGUACUCCGUCUACACGUCCGCCAUCGCCUUCACCGUGUACAUGAACGCCGUGUGGCACGGCUGGGCUGUCCCCAUGUUCCUAUUCCUGGCGAUCCUGCGGUUGUCCCUCAAUUACCUCAUAGCCAGGGGCUGGAGGAUACAGUGGAGCAUCGUGCCCGAAGUGUCCGAGCCCGUGGAGCCUCCAAAGGAGGACCUGACUGUGUCUGAGAAGUUCCAGCUCGUGCUCGACGUCGCCCAGAAAGCCCAGAACCUCUUUGGCAAGAUGGCCGACAUCCUGGAAAAGAUCAAGAACCUGUUCAUGUGGGUCCAACCUGAGAUCACGCAGAAGCUGUAUGUCGCGCUGUGGGCCGCCUUCCUCGCCUCCUGCUUCUUCCCCUACCGCCUGGUGGGACUGGCCCUGGGACUCUACGCUGGAAUCAAGUUUUUCCUCAUCGAUUUUAUCUUCAAACGCUGCCCGAGACUGCGAGCCAAAUACGACACCCCCUACAUCAUCUGGAAGAGCCUGCCCACGGACCCGCAGCUCAAGGAGCGCUCCAACGCCGCCGUGUCGCGCCGGCUGCAGAUGGCGUCCUCACGGAGCUGCGUGUCCAGCGCGCCGGCCGGCCUGAGCAAGGACGAGGACACUGGUCGCUUCCACGGCACCAAGAAAGGCAACUUCCACGAGAUCUUUAACCUGACUGAGAACGAGCGACCACUGGCGGUGUGCGAGAAUGGCUGGCGCUGCUGCCUGAUCAACCGGGACCGGAAGAUGCCCACGGACUACAUCCGCAAUGGGGUUCUGUAUGUGACGGAGAAUUACCUGUGCUUUGAAAGCUCCAAAUCCGGGUCUUCCAAGAGAAACAAAGUCAUCAAGCUGGCGGACAUCACGGACAUCCAGAAGUACAAGGUCCUUUCUGUCCUCCCGGGUUCAGGCAUGGGGAUCGCCGUGUCCACGCCAUCGACCCAGAAACCGCUGGUGUUCGGCGCCAUGGUGCACAGAGACGAGGCCUUCGAGACCAUCUUCAGCCAGUACGUGAAAAUCACGGCGGCGGCAGCUUCUGGCGCCGACAGCUAGUGCUGGCUCUCGGGGGGUGUUGCUGGAAGGUGUUUUUUUGUUGUUCUUUUUUUUCUUUUUUUUCUUUUUAUUAAGGAUUUGAUAGUGGAAAACCUUUGGACAUCCUCCUGAUCUUUUGCAAUAAUUCCCCUCGAUCUGUGGUUUCUAUUGUGUUUACCCUGCGUUUUUUGGACCCCCUCACGCAGGGGUGGGGCCACAGCCAGUGCCAGCCCUCCGAUGGGGGAGGCGUGUCCCACGGACACGUGGAUGCGGAGGCAGGGUCAGCAGAGGCCGUGCCUGCACCAGCCAGCGCCCAGGGCAGCGGCCGCCUCCGUGUCCCCCAGCCUGGGCAGAGCCCCCGCGCCCCAGCCCUCCGGAGGCUGAAGCUCUUCCACACCAGAAGCCAUAGCGGAGGAGCACCCGCGGCCCCUCCUCCCGGGGCUGAGGGAUGAGGACAGCUCCGAGGCCCCUUCACCGGCCUCCGGAAACGGGCUGGUCGGUCUCUCCCCUUCCUCUGGUGAGACCCCCCCCCUCCCCGCCGCUGCCCGUCCGAGCAAGGCUGGGCUGGGGCGCUGCCCGGCUUCCGCCCUGGGCUGCCUCCACCCCCCGCCGUCCUGCGGAGCCCCAGGAGCCCUGGACGGGGUGACCGAUGGGGACGUGGAGUGACAAGCUGGUAGAAGCACAUCUUCUCACCGCGUUGCUGGCAGAGACCCUCGAGGCCUGUAGGGCCGAGCUGUGCUCUCAGAUGGAAAUCAGCCGCCGUGUGUGCCUGGUGCUGGCCUCCGGGGUGGGGG